UAGCUAACCAAAUCUGUCUCUUCGUGGACCCUACCCUUCAACAGUUCUACCUUCCCAAUUCCAGCGGCGCUAUUAGUCUUUACUUGGUUUCCAAGUUCACCCACCUUCUCUUUAACUCUUCUCCCACUUCACAUUUACAAUUACACCCACCUCUUCCUCUCCUUAAAUUCUUUAAACAUAUCUAAGAACCAUCCUUCUCUUUUCUUCCUCGUUGCCCAUCCUCAUCCUCUUCCAUAUCUAUCCAUCUUUGUAAUUUAUCUUCUUCUUCUUCUUCUUCUUCUUCUUCUUCCAUUUUUUUAUUAUUUAUUAUUGAUCUUGUCCGACCAAGCAAUUUGCAAAUAUCCUACCAAUUAUAAGCCAUACUUGCCAAAAAUAGAGAUUAUAAAAUAACGCAAAACAUGAAAGGUGAAUAUGUAGAGGCACACCAUCCACCAAAGCAUGAAAACGUCACCCCUAUGAACAUGUUCUCUAAACUUCAUCCCCAUCCCCAUCACCAGCUCCCUUUCUCUCAGCACUUCCAACUCUCUCGUGAAUCUGAAGAUGAUGAAACUAGAAGCACCGGCGCUGCCGCCGUAACCACCCCUUCCCCUAACACCAAUCCCGCCACCACCACAACACCAAGCCAGAAGCAGAAACCCACCGAACCCAAUAGCAGUGCUGGCACUGAUGGUGCCAGUAUUGAAGUUGUUCGCAGGCCCAGGGGUAGACCGCCUGGUUCCAAGAAUAGACCUAAACCACCUGUGGUCAUUACACGAGACCCUGAACCAGCUAUGAGUCCUUACAUUCUCGAAGUCCCUGGUGGAAGCGACGUCGUUGAAUCGAUAUCCCGCUUUUGUCGCCGCAAGAACAUCGGAAUCUGCGUUCUUACAGGAUCUGGCGCCGUUACUAAUGUUACUCUUCGUCAGCCAUCAACGACUCCCGGGUCUACCAUUACUUUCCAUGGAAGCUUCGAUAUUCUAUCGCUUUCUGCUACGUUUAUGCCUCAACCGGUGUCGCAUCCAGUGCCCAACACUUUUACUAUCUCUCUGGCGGGUCCGCAGGGCCAGAUCGUGGGUGGGUUUGUUGCUGGAAGCUUGGUAGCAGCUGGUACCGUGUAUGUCAUCGCGGCGACGUUUAAUAACCCUAGUUAUCACCGGUUACCGGGUGAAGAUGAAGGGAGGAACUCUGGGUCUGGCGGCGAGGGUCAGUCUCCGUCUGUGUCCGGUGCCGGUGGAGGCGGAGGAGAUAGUGGACAUACGCAAGGUGGAGGGGAGUCGUGCGGGAUGGUUAUGUACAGUUGUCAUUUGCCCUCUGAUGUAAUCUGGGCACCCACUGCUAGGCCACCACCGCCCUACUGAAGGACUAAGGAGAGAGUAAAAGCUACUGUGAAUUUUUAGAUCUCUUUUUUUUUUCCCCUUGCAAAGAAACAAACUUUAGGCGUUGCGUUUAAUUAAUUAUCAUCUUCAUCUCUGCUGUUUAAUGUUGAGUUUUUAAUGUUAAUGUAGCGUAGUAGUGAUCUGAGCUCGAAGGAACAGUUUUUUUUUCUUUAAAGAAACAUUCUUUUCUCAUUUAUGAUUUAAUAGAAUUAGAAUUCCCAAAGAAAAUUACUGUUAUUUGGAAAACAGAGAAGUGAAAAGAAAGAUCAUAGAGUGGUCUGACGUAGUUGUUUGAAUUGAAUAUUUGAAUAGACUGUGGAUGAGUCAUGGAUGUUUAUCUUAUCACGGGUUUUACAACGAGGGAUAUUUCUCUGCCUUGACGGGUUUGCUUUCGAAGUUCGAGAAUGAGCAAUAUCUGUGCAAUCCACCGCAGAUGGCGAGGACUGAGCUGCUUAAUAAAUGCAGCAGGAACAGGCUGCAGUGCAGUUACACCAAUGGGUGAAAGAUAAUGCUGAGUCUGACUGAUUUUGGCCAUUGCUUUAGCUUGAGGCUACUUGAUAUGGAUAAAGCGUAUGGCAGUGGGGAACGUGGCUAGGGUUGUGGUUGCCAGUUUUCUUUUCAGACAAUAGAGAUAGAUAGAUGCUUGCUUUAUCCAAAUACGCUCUUGAAAGCUCUCUUCCAAAACCCACUUUAAAUUUCUAUCUGAUCUAUCUGUACUUUCUUUUGUCUAUUUCUCUACUUCCUCAAUUCCUUUCCUUUUCUCUUUGACGGGAAAAAGAAGAAGACAUAACAUAAUGCAAUUGAAGAGAUAGGGUUACCCUAUUCUCUUAUGCCUCCUUUUUGUUUA